UGUGCCGCCGCCGCCGACGAAGCGCGGUCUCACGAAUCGCCGGCGCGAGAUAUGGACGGGUUCUUCACGUGCGUGGCUUCAGAAGCGGAUGCCCGUCGUUGUCCAGCCCGACUGCGCGUGCAUUGUGUACGCCGCUGCUCCGUGGGACGCGCCUCGUGUGUUGUCGGAACUGCGCGCCUCGGUUGGUAGCGUCGUGAGUUGACCAUCUUUCUGCGCGAGUUUCACCCUGGAACGGCCGACAGUGACCAACCAGUGAUCGUUUCCUUCUUGUUUACCCUCUUUUCCUUUUCUGUAUUCACGUGACAGCGCUCACUUCACAUGGUGAUCCUCUGAGGUGCUUGUUUCAAGGAACCAAGUGAAUUACCCAUCUUCUCCGGUGAUGUGAGGUGAAAAUUUUGCCACUCAUAGUUGUGGCCCGUUUUCUUUUGAUGGUUUUCGUGCUCCGAAUUGUGAUGAUCGUCACUGCUGUUCCCAAGGCGAGGAAUAUACUCCUGACGUGUGUGUCCUUGUGAGCUGAUUCUAUAAGUGAGGUCGGCAGCGCGCCCGUUCGCUGCGCUUCACGAUGAGUUACGAAGUGGAUGAUGAUUCGUCGUCGGAGUGCGACGCCCCGCCGGUGUACUUCGGACACGAGCCGGAUGACUAUGACGAGCAACCGAACUUCGUCGUCGUGUCUACCAUGCAAGACGAGAACUUCGUGGUUGCCGCCCUCUUCUGUGCCGUCGAGGAGGGGAACUACGCCGGCCUGGAGGAGCUAUUCUCGAUGUCCCACAUCAACCCCAACCAAAGCAACAAGCAUGGGGAGACAGCCGUCCACAUCGCUGCAGGCCUGGCCCAAUUGCAGAUACUCAAGCUGCUGCACUCAAAAGGUGCCAACCUGAAGCUUUCAGACAGCCAUGGGGACAGUGCCAUGUACUGGGCAGCCCGGCAAGGUCACACGGACAUUAUCCAGUACCUGUGGGAGAACGGAGUCUCGGUGGACUGCCAGAACAAGUCGGGCGAGACUGCCCUGCAUGUCGCUGCCCGCUAUGGUCACCACCCAGCGGUCAAACUUCUUUGCUCCUUUGGUGCCAACAUCAAUGUGACUGAUGAGCAUGGAGACACAGCGUUGCAUAUCGCAGCAUGGCACGGCUUUCCAACAAUUAUGCAUGUUCUAUGCGAAGCGGGAGCCCACACACACCUCCGGAACAAGGAAGGUGAAACACCAAUCCACACAGCAUCGGCAAGAGGUCAUCUCGAAAGUGUCCGUUGCCUCCUUGAAGCUGGUGCUGACCCUGACCUUUUAGACAAGCAUGGCUGCACUGCCCUCCACUUGGCUUUGAGGAGGCACCAUGUCUCAGUGGCUCUGCUCCUUCUUCACAAUGGCUGCCAAACUGAUGUUGUUGACAAUCAUGGGGAGACCGCAAUCCAUGUGGCUGCUCGUGAUGGCCUUCUAUCCGUAGCCCAGACACUGUGUGCUUUUGGAUGUAAAGUUGACGUGCCAAACAAGGCUGGGUUGUAUCCUCUGCACCUUGCUGCAAAAAAUGGCCACAUCGAGAUAGUGCGCUGUCUGUGCCUUGCUGGCUGCAAUGUUGAUCAAAAGAAUAGGGAUGGAAUACCAGCAGAAAUCACUGCACUUGCUCAAGGCCACAGUUCUAUAGGUGACCUGCUGAAUCGGCUGAGGAAUGAGCAACUAAAAGAAGAGUACAUAGCUCAAAUGAUACCAGGAACUCAGCCACUCUCUCGAAUAAAGCUCAAGGUGCUUGGACACAGUGGUGUGGGAAAAACAACGAUGCUGGAGUCAUUAAAGUGUGGAUACUUCAGCAGCUGGUUUCGACGCUCCAAGACGUCUCCUACAUCGCCAAGGCCAAAGUCAACAUCGGGACCUCACAGCAGCCGAUCCAGCACGCCAGCAAUGGAUGAGUACACCAUUGACACAGACAGUGAGAACAACAUUCGAACUGCGGAUCUCAAUGACGCCAGUGACAUGAACGAUUACAAGAAGGCGAUCACACCUCCCGCUCUGCUCGUUUCCAGCUGUGCGGAUGUGAUGAGCAACUCGCAGCCAUUAUUUUAUGAGACUGCAAAUGCCAACUACACCCACGGCAUCGAUGUGCAGCAGGUGACUGUGUCUGGUGUCGGCGACAUGAGCAUAUGGGAGUUCUCUGGACACGAGCCCUACCUAAUGCUGUAUGACCACUUUGUGGGCAACGCUCACUGCCUUCACUUAGUUGUGUUCAGCCUUGCUGAGCCGGUCCACACUCAGAUCAGGCAGGUCUCCUUCUGGCUAGCUUACCUUCAGGCAAGGGCGCCACCUGUUGAACCUUUAGGAAUGGGAGGAAAAAGUGCAUCACCCCUCAGGGUGGCACUGGUGGCCACUCACGCUGAUGUCUGUGCGAGCAACAUCAACAGGAACCAAAACUGCGAUGUGCUGCAGCAGCAGAACAAUGCUGAAGCCGAUGCCAAGAUUGUCCUGGCAGCUGCACGAGAACGCUUCCAGCAUGUUUUCGAUCUGCAUGAGACUGUGUUUGUCGUGGACGCCCAUGUUGUUGGUUCACAGAGUAUGAAGUCACUCAAGCAAUACCUCUCCAACAACAGGGCCAAGAUUGUUCAGAACCUUCCCAAGAGCACCGGCUUUUUGGAAUCAAUGGUGGGGCACCUCCCCAACUGGAGGAAAUCAUCGCCGUCAUUUCCAGUGCUUACCUGGCGCCAGUUUAUGGAUAUGGUGCACAUACAAGUGAACCCUCUGGCAGGGGAGGAACACAUGCGUGAGCUCAUCCACCAGCUCCAACUAAUGGGAGAGGUGCUGUACACAAAAUCGGAAACGGAGGACAUGGUGGUACUCAAUCCUAAAUGGCUCUGUAGUUCUGUUAUUGGAGAGCUGCUCUCCCAGGAACACCUUGAGAAGGCACGUGUGACUGGCUGCUACACCGUGGAAGAUUUCCAGUUUGCCUUCCCAGACACAGAUGCUAUAGACCUCCUGCAGGUGUUGGAGAACCUCAAGAUGUGCACCAAGUGUGACAAUGAUGGUGACGUGGAGUACGAAUUUCCAUGCUACAAUUUGGUUGAAACUCUGGAAGGCCUGUGGGACCCUUCGGAUCCGCGUUACACCCAAGGCGUCUAUUGCGGAGUGCACGUCAUUCCGUUUGAUGACUUUCCACACAUUCUGGCCAUAAUUUUUACCCGGAUACAGGUUCAGCUGCGACGGGCAUCCAUGGAACAUGCAGAUUCUGAUAAUGAUCUGUACCAGUGGCUGGGGGGCAGCAAAUUUUGCAGUGGAGCCCUGGAAGGAAUGCUCACACUAGUUGACGAUGACAGUGCUUUAGAAGUGAAGGUGCGUGGUCCACGCGGUUCAUCUUCAAGCUGUUUCUACUUCCUGGAGGACCUGCUGAUGGUGGUCGACGAUGUGCUGGGUGAAGUGUGCCCCGGUGCGCAAUUCGAGCGACACCUACUGAGCGCCGCCGACUUGCGGCACCUCGCUCAGACACCGGCUCGCUAUGCGGCUCGCCUUGUCAUGCGCGCCAUGCUCAAUGACGGUGGCUUGCACGCCCAAGUUCUGCAUCCUCAGACCGGCAUGCCUGAAUCUGCGUGUGACCUGCUCUGCUGUCGUGACGUGGCUUCAGCCGCGUCACUUGUCUGCGGUCCGGACACGCAUGCGUCGCAACUUUCUCUGCUGACGCGCCAGAGGCUGGGCGCCGCGCUCGAUCCGCCCGAAAAGCUGGGACGGGACUGGUGCCUCCUAGCGGUGCAACUCGGCAUGACCGAGCGCCUUCCCGAGCUGGACCCUGAGUCCAAAGAGUCCGGCGUGCUGGCGACCUCUGGCAAGAGCCCCAUCGCAAGGGUGCUUGGAGAGUGGACUCUGGUGAUGGACAGUACCAUAGGGCACCUCGCGCACGCCCUCGACGAGUUGGGAAGGGGUGACGCAGCGGACAUUGUGCUGGGGACGUCGCCGCUCGUCAAGGUAGCGGUUGCCGCAUCGCCGGUGUCACCGGUGUCGCCGAUGGUAGGCAGGCAUGAUGACGCCAGGGUGGCAGCCGCUGUUUCCGCGGCAUCAAGUUCGAACAUUUCUCGCUAGUGCCUAUAGUUGUACUUCACUUCUUUCUUCGUUUUGUUUCUUGUUUAGGCAUGCAAUGUGUGCGACGUAUUUCUUUGUACAUAAUAUAUGUGCUUGGAGAAGAUCAUGACGGCAGCAGUUUCCGCAGUGUCGGUUUCAAACAUUUCUCGUUGGUGCUUAUAUACUUCUUUUUUUAUUCGUGGCAAAGAUGCGACACGUUUUUUUUUUUAACCUGAGUAUGCUUGUGUGACAAUGUCGACUAUGUUAUAACUACGUUUUUGUUCUACAUGUAGUGGCUGUACAAAAAUUUUUGACUGACUUUUGCAGCAAGAACAAAUCAAAAAGUGAACUUGUGAGGAGGGACUGUUGGUGAAUGUUAUGGUAAACAUAAGGUCAUACCUUUACCAGAAACAUUCCAGCGUAAAGAACAAAUUACCUUAAUGUAGACUACCACUGUUUGCAAGAGCAAAUUGCAUACAACACAGUGCACCAGUAUGACUGCUACAAUGUGGUGCGCAGUUAGCUGAUUGUUUUUAGAGGUUGCUUCUCAGAACUGCUUUCUACACUUGCUCAAUGUUUCGUGAAAGUAACUGAUUGCAAGUUGUUGUAUGUGGUUAUGUUUGUGAUAGUCUGUGACUAUAUUUCAGACCUUUAUUUUUGGUCCUAUUGUGUAAUCUCGAAGAGCUCUUUCACUCACUGCUUCUAUAGACUUAGCUAAAAAGAUUGUCCUUUGAGGCGGGGCUGUAUCAAUAUUAGAUCAGCCCGGGCUUCUUGAAGUACUUGCUUUCUGUAGCUCAAAAAUCAAAUGUUUUUAAUAAUACUUUUUUCUAUAAAUUAAUUGCUUCUCUUUCAGUUUGACACAGUACAGGUUGUUGUUACUAUGAUGCUAGAAAGUGUGCAAAUUUGUACAUAAAGCUAUUAUGUACUGCAAAUGCUACUAAUCUAAUAGUUUUAAUAGUGAUCAUCAAGCUACACCUCAUAACACAAGCCAAUUGAAACAAAGUGUUUUCGCUCAUGUAGUUUAAAACCUCAGGCCAAAUGGGAUGCUUCUUUCCUAACACAUGGAGUACAUUUGCAUAGAUAACAGUGUUUAUUGAACACUUGUAAGCUUUCACAUGGACAGUUUAUAUUGUUACGACAUACUGUUGUGAAGAUCUUGCUUGCUGUGAUUGCUUGCUUUCUGUGAGCACAGAAAUGCAUAAAUUUUCAGUUUUCACAGAAACACAUGAGAAACGCCAAAUAUGGGGCCUUUAUUUGCAGAGCUGCUUGCUUUUUGAAACUUGAUACAGUACUGCUACUUAAUUUGUUUUGGUGAAAAUAUGCACUUUAUCGCAAAAGUGCAAUCAACCAUUGUGGGCUAACUACUGUGCUACAUCUUGACAGACGAUUGAAGCUAUUGCAUAGGUAGCACAAUAAUGCAUUCGCUUCUUUCAUUUUCGUUAGCUUUUGGUUCGCAUCUGACCAGUGUGCAUGUCGUAAACAGAAAGAAGAUACUUGCAUGAUCUAGAUGAACUCAUAUCAAAUCAUGUAAGGAUGUACUUUGCCAAACAUGUGUUUAUGCAUGAUUUGGUUGGUAUACAUAGUGUUAGAGUGUACAGUGAUUUGCAGUAUUUUUUGUUAUCUGAAUGAUUUAGAUGGCAUUUGCAUUAUCCAUAGCGCAAGGAUGGGUGUUGUGCGAAAAAGGGAAGUUCAAGUUUCUGUCAGGACAGUCCGCUUGUCCUUCCCAUAACCGCACUGCAAUUUGUUUAUUAUACUGGUAUUCAUGUCAGCUUUAUUUGUUUGUUAUCAAUGCUUUAUUCAUGCUGUUAUAUCAGUUCUUCGAGAGUUUGAUGCAGAAACUGGGGCUAAUGAUUGUAAAAGCAUUAUAAGGAACAUCCACAAAAUAACUUGUGCAUUUAUAAGAAUAGCAGUAUCGUGUCCUAAUGUCAACUCAAAAAUAUCUAUCACAGCUGUAAGAAAAGUGAGAAAUUCAUAUUUCGUUAUGCAGUUAAUUAUCUAUGAACUUGAGUUAGAUAUCCUAGUGUGUUCCAACUUGGAGUUCGCGUCACAAGAAAGCAUGCACGUGCUUAGGCCUUAUCCUACCUGGGCGGCUUAUGAAAUGCCUAAACAUUUGUAAGCUCUUCAGCAUUUAUCACAGACUACAUUCAGUACAGUGUCUGAAAAGUGCCAAGUAUGUAAAUGUCUUUUUUAUCAAGAUGACUUAUUGGAAGCAUGUGGCGUGCCCACCAUUUGUGCCCUCGUAUAAUAGCUAGAAUUUUUAGCAUCUUUGAUAGCAACAAUUUUUUAUGCGCAUCCGCAGUAUGUUCUCGCUUGUAGGGAACGUGGGCAAUUUUUCGCUUGGGAUGAAAAUCGAUGAUUAUGGAACUUUGGCCGUCCAGUGUUGUCAUUUAUUGACUGCGCAAAAGAAAAGAUUGUUGUGAGCGUGAUAUUGAAUACUGAAAUGCGGAUUGGUCCAUGUGCGGCGAGGUCGGUUGUUAUUCUGCCAAAAGGAACAGUGCAAUCUCUUUUGAGUAGAACUGCAGCGUGUCUAACUUGGCGCUACUCAUGCAUCGUUGAUUUUUGUUGCUUCUUUUUUUUUUCUACUGGUGACAAUAAACUUGUCAUUCAAAAACCAAUAAA